AUGAUCAGCGCCAUUGAACAACAACAGUCCACUCAGCAAGUCGCCGAAAAGCGAGUUCACUUUGCCGGCAGCGUGGAGUACAUGAUCCCUCGGGAUGAACUCACUGCCGAGUCUUGGUAUGAAGCCGAGGAAAUGAAACAAUUGUACCGCGAAGAUGUCGUCACCUUUUUGAGGGAAUACAAAAACAAUCUGCUAAAGCAGCAAAAGGAACAACAACGGCAACAAGAAGAAGAGUCUCCCGAAGACAGCGACAGCGAGGACGAAGACAGCGACUCGGAUGAUGAGAGCGAUAGCGAGGAAGAAGAAGAGGAGGAAGAAGAAGAAGAGCCGGUUUGCUCCCGAGGACUGGAAAUGUACUUUCCUGGACAACUCGCCGCCCGCCGCAAGCUUCGGGCCAAGUUUGCUUCCAAAGUUUUGUGCAAAUACCAAGAAUACAGAGAGAUAUUUUGCUACGAGGACGCGCAAGAGCUGCUGUGCGAGUACGCCAGCGAAAUGGGAGUGAAUACACAAAAGAAAGCCCACGCCUUGGCCUUGCAGGAUGCUCUGGAAGCUCGUCUGGUUCACGCUGAAGGAGACGAGUCAACAACCACCGCAACCAAGGACGCAAUUUCGGACUUUGUGCCUCUGAUCCGACACGAAUCCAGAGCCGCACAAACCACAUGCAAAGCACGGGCUGCCUAA